AUGUCCGCCCCGAACCCCCCCGAGGACAAGGUCAACACGAACCCUGCGACUCCCCUCAAGCCCGACGUCAGUUCCCGCAUUGCGAAACUCAAAGGUCACGUCAAGCCCACGGCCUUUAACACCCCCGUCCGCCAGGGGAUGCUCGAAAAUGAAAUUGUCACGAAGAAGGCAGGUUAUUGGAACGGAUUGGGAGAUCCUCCUGGAGAGAAGGUGUCCAAGAAGGACGUCAAGACGGGCCUCGUUGACAAGAGGGUAGAGGAGAUCGAGAAGUUGAAGUCUGAGUAG